AAAUAUUAAUGAAUUGAUAAAUCGAAUUAAUAAUCGAAAAAGCAAAAUCAAAAAGCGAGAGAAAAUGUUGUAUUGCCCCCCUGGAAUAAACAUAUCGGAUAUUUGGAUUAACCAUGGGUUAUCGCAAUGCUUCUCAGAAACUGUAACAUCAUCGACAAUCGGAUUAUUUCUUUUGAUAUUUGGAACGAUACAAUUAUUUAUAUACAAGAAAUAUGGGACUGAAGUAUCUCCGAAUCAUAUCGUACGGUCAAGAUUGUAUGUGGUGCAAAUUAUUUUUACUUUAUUCAUACCGUUUUUGGAAGUUAUCCGAUUUAUUUUGCAAGGAACGGUUAUUAAUGAUAAAACAAUUUAUGGAUAUAUGAUUGUUAAUUUAGUUCUAACAAUAUUCGUUUAUCCAUACUCGUUAUUAAUUAUAAAUAAAGAAAGGAAAUAUUUGCUUCCUUCCGUUCCAACAAGAGGCCAUGGAUUGGUUUUAUUGGUGUUUUGGUCACUGGCAUACAUCUCUGAGAACUUAGCCUUUUUAAAUUUGGCCAAAAAAAGCUGGUGGUUUGAAUUAAAAGAGUAUGAAACCCAAAAAGGAUAAAUUCAAGAAUGUGGCUUAAAAAUCGACCAUUUUUUCUUAAUCAAAGCCCAAAAAUCACGUUAAAAAUAAAAAGAGAGACAUGAAAAGUGUAGUACAUACCGAAAAACCACAUUAAUGUUUUGAUGUGACGUCACAAGCCAUUAAUUGGGGUGCCACACACAAAUAAGUGCAU